CUUUUUUUUACGUCUUAUUCUCUGUAAACAUGCCUACAGCAAAGUUUACUGUGUCAGACACAGACAAAUAUAUUGACUAUGAUACAUUUUUAUCCAACGACUUUGACGCGAAUACUUAUGCAACUUCGAUCGUCAAAAAGUCUGAAUUGUCAAGCGACGCCAUCGACGUUGGCACAGAACUAUCUAAGAUAGCAUUUAGUAUUGAUAUAGUUAAUAAACAAAUACAAGAACAGGUAGUUAGCAACUAUGAGAAGCUACUCAGUCAAGUAGUAGGCAUAAAAGACCUUGAAACCAUAUUAAACACAAUUGAAUUGAAUAUCAAUGGCCUCAACACUUCGCUUCAAUCAUUAUCCCACAAGAUUCGUGAUCCAUACAAACAACUUUCAGCUUAUGCAACACAGCUUGAAAAUAUGCAGAUCACUUGUGAAUUACUUCGAAAAAUCCAUCGCUUUACACUACUUAAACGUCGUCUUGAACUUCAACUUUCCACAAACGAACAGGAUAUAUCCACUGCUGCUUUAACUGUGUACGAAUUAGAAACCAUCAUGGCAACGCACGAAUUAGAUGGGAUUGAUAUUGUUAGUUGCGAACUCUCUUUUGUGAAAGUAUCACAUCAGCAUAUAGAACAAGAAGCCAAUACGUUAUUAAAAGAAGGCAUUGAGACACAAAAUCAAACCAAAAUGGCUACUGGACUACAAGUGUUUUACAACAUGAAGAAGAUGUGUGAACGAGUACAGGAUAUGACAGAAGCCAUGUUGAACGACUUGACAAAGGAGAUGAAGCAAGUGGUGGAUAUUCAGUCAUUGCAAAAAGAGACAGGAGCUACUCGACCCAGCAUGAAUCCCAAACAAUUAGCCACUUCGUUAUGGCAGCGCAUGGAGAGUUUAAUGAAGAGCAUGAGUGAUCAAUGCAUCAAGGUCUACCGUCUUGAAAAAGUACUCGAGAUCAAAAAAGAUACCUUAACGCAUAUGUCGUUUUUAGAGGAAGUAUCCAAGACGUUAGAUGCAAAUAGUCUUGUGAGCUACUUUUGGAGAGCUCUUUCUGCCAAUUUUGAAAAAGAACUCAAAGAGGCUUCAAAAGCAUCUACAUUUUUGCAAAACACAUUUGUCAGUGAUUAUCCGAAGCUGUUGAAGCUCUUGAAUGAUUUCUUUGCUCGAGUUGCUAUGCAUAAUGGCACUGGCCUGACAGAUUACUCACAAACACCUGAAUAUGUGAUUAUGCUUCGAAGUUUUGGUACAUUUCAAAGCAGUUUCCUGGCUAAAUCUUUACAGCGUAUGAAUGAUGCUGUCAACUCUACAUUUCCAACUUAUGGUGGUCUUGCUAGAACACCUCCAGGUAGAAAUAAUGUAAUUAAUAUUACUCGUAUUAUGGGACAUGAGCUAGAAACAGUAGCAUUUGAGCCACAAUUGGCACAAUUGUUAGCAAAGAAUGCUGUCAAAUCUAUCAAUACUUUCUGUACAAAAUGCGAAAAUUUGCUUCCAACCAAUCAGCCAUCCAUAUAUACUACAAAUACGUCCAACUCGAAUGUUGCCAAUUACUUAAACAUGAAUAUCGAAAUAGCAAAUAUUCUUUAUUUUAUGCACCAAUCUGUCUGGAAGAUUUUAGAAGAAUAUCCUGAAAAAAUUGUGGAUGUUGUCAAAAAGGGAGCUGAUGAUUGUCAUACUUUAAUGAUGAAGAUAGGCAACCGUUUAGUUGAAUCAGUCAAGAAAGACGUAGAAAACGUAUUAUUAAAGAUUCAUCAAGAAGACUUUUCAGGUCAUAUCAAGAGAAAUUUUGAUCCUGAAGAUGAUAAGAGUAACUAUACAAAGGAACUGGCAAAACAUGUUCGAUAUUAUCAUACAACGAUAUUCCAAAAUCUUUCUUGUGGUACAGAACCUAAAUCAUGGGUAAAAAAAGUGAGCAAACAUAUUCUUUACGUGUUUAUUUUUCAAGCUAGUAUUGUACGCCCUUUGAGCGAAGCAGGAAAAUUGAAGCUAGCAGGGGAUAUGGCUGAAUUAGAGUUUACUAUCAGUCAGUUUACAAGUGAAUAUGGAGCAAGAAUUGAAGAAAUAGGUGAUGAAUACAGAGCACUUCGAGCAUUUAGACCAUUAUUAUUUUUGGAUUCUGCUCAAUUGACAGCUGCUCACCAUACUUCAGGAUUACCCAAAAUUGUACUUGUUCAUCAUCUUAUCGUUCGUUCUCAACAACAACAACAACAACAACAAGGUUCUUUACCUUUACCUAAUAUAGUCUACGACUUAUCAAGAGAAGAAUACAUGAAAUGGAUGGCUACCAUAAGCACUGAAAGAGAAGCUGUUCAACUUGCUAUUGAUGCUAUAAACAAUGGAAGUAAGUUGAGUAAGACUGAACUUGAAGAUAUUCCAGAAUACAAGUAUAUUCUCCAAAUUGCGACUAAAGAGGACCAAUAAAUGCAUAACGUUUUUUGUUGUUGUUGUCUAGACCCAA